UGCUUCCCAUGUACAGCCUCGCAAGCCCAAAAGUAGGGGUGCGCGUCUUCGAUGGACUCGAAUUCUCAAAGGUCUCUCCAGCACCAGUUAGAAGCACCAGCAUUAGCUUCAUAAAAGCAUUUCUACGAGGGACCCAAGGCUCCUACUCUGCUCCAAUUGCAGCAAUGGAGGAUAUGAAAAAACCCAAGAAGAAGAGAAAGGCUCAGCCGAGGAAGAAGAGGAAAUUUAUCAACUAAAAUGAGGAAGGAAUUCCUGAUAUUGAAGACAUUUUCAGCGACAAAGAAACCCAGAAGAUCAGGGAAUCAUUGUUGGACUGGUACGACCACAACCAGAGAGACCUUCCUUGGAGGAGGAAAGAAACAAACGCACUUGAAGAAGAAGAAGAAGAAGAAGAAGAAGAAGAAGAUAAAGAGAAAAGGGCAUAUGGGGUUUGGGUAUCUGAAGUGAUGCUGCAACAGACUAGAGUUCAGACUGUGAUUGAUUACUACAACCGUUGGAUGCUUAAAUGGCCCACUCUUCAGCAUCUGGCCCUCGCUUCUCUUGAGGAGGUGAAUGAGAUGUGGGCAGGUUUAGGAUAUUAUAGGCGGGCACGUUUUCUGUUAGAGGGAGCUAAAAUGAUUAUUGCUAUGGGAGAUGGAUUUCCUAACACGGUGUUUUCCUUACGGAAAGUUCCAGGAAUAGGAGACUAUACAGCUGGUGCAAUUGCCUCUAUAGCAUUCAAAGAAGUGGUGCCUGUGGUUGAUGGGAAUGUUAUAAGGGUGCUUGCUAGGUUGAAGGCAAUUUCUACAAAUCCAAAAGACUCAAUGACUAUCAAGAACUUUUGGAAACUAGCAGCUCAACUAGUUGAUCUUUGCCGUCCUGGGGAUUUCAAUCAGUCUCUUAUGGAACUCGGUGCAACUGUUUGCACUCCAUCGAACCCAAACUGCUCUUUAUGUCCUGUUUCCAGCCAAUGUCGUGCACUUUCAAUUUUCAAGCAGGAUAAGUCAGUAUUGGUUACAGAUUAUCCUACCAAGGUUGUAAAGGUGAAACAACGACAUGAAUUUUCUGCUGUUUGUGUUUUGGAGAUAUUAGGAAGCCAAGGUCCAAUUGAGGGUGAACAAUCUGAUAGUGGAUUUGCUCUUGUAAAGAGGCCAGAUGGUGGUUUGCUUGCUGGUCUAUGGGAAUUCCCUACUGUCAUGUUGGGAAAAGAAACUGAUUUAACCACAAGGAGAAAAGAAAUUAAUCACUUUCUGAAAAAAACAUUCGGACUUGACCUACAAAGGACAUGUAGCAUAGUUCUAAGAGAAGAUAUUGGAGAAUUUGUUCAUAUUUUCACUCACAUCCGUCUCAAGGUUUAUGUGGAAUUACUAGUAAUACAUCUUAAAGGUGGGAUGAGUGAGUUGUGUAACAAGAACGGAAAAGAAGUUACGAGCUGGAAAUACAUGGAAAAGAAGGCCCUUUCAAAGUUGGGUUUGACAUCUGGAGUGAGGAAGGUGUACACUAUGGUUGAGAAGUUUAAACAGAGCAGGUUAUCCACUGAUUCUGCCCCAGCCAAAAACAAUAAAAACUUGAGGAAACGAAGAUCAACCGCGACCAGUCUAAAUUAGAUCUUGUUUAAUCAUUGUACUUGAUCAAUGAAAAAGGUUUUGUAGACUCUUGUCCUGGUGCCUGCUCAUAAGCUGCAUACAACAUUGCAAAUCAACAAUUACUACCGACUUCCUGUUAUGUAAUGUAGGUUUACUCAAUUAUUUAUAAUCUAUGCCAGCAUCUUGUGCAGAUUUAUAUAA